GUCUAUAUAUAAUAUAAAGAAUGCCCAGUUUAUAAAUCAGAACAUUCGUUUCAUUCAUUAUUUUCCGUUUGACUCGUCAAUGGACCGUCGUCCCUCCACACCAUAUCUAUAAAACAGUGACCAGUUUACAAAUUCACAAAACAAUCUUUCAUUAUUUUCCGUUGACUCUUCUUCUAGUCAAAUAUUCCGCGCGAUAAUAAAUGACAAACUAUGGCGCGAUUCCAACGUCGUCUCAUGCAUCACCUUCACCGGUGGCUGAUGUCGAGUCUCUAUCGAGCGACAACCAACGUACGAAAGCCGCGCGCGCCAUGCCCCGUCGUUCUUGGGGAGUGAUGUUGGACGUCCACGCCAUGGGGCUUCCUCCCAGCGUCUCCGACGCUUCCUCAAGAAUCAAAACGAACUACAAUUACUUUCGGAUGAACUACAGUAUCUUCAUUUCCAUCAUCUACUUGAUAGUCAUCUACAGUAGUCUUAUCAAGCAUCCAGUCCCGCUCAUCGCCUUCACCGUGUUGGUUUUAAUCUAUAUCUUCUUCUUUAACCUCCAAUACCACGAGCCAGCCGAGUUGUUCCACUAUCAGAUCAACGAUUGGACGUUUCUGAUCGUUAAGAUUUGCUUAAUUUUGUUAGCUGUCCCUCUCCUGUGGUCGACCAAGGAGACGUACAGCGUCCGUUGGCCGUUGUUGAUCGGAUGUGUUGUGGUAUUGAUCCAUACGGUGGUUAGGAAGACCGAAGAUCUCUUCUUGGAUGAAGAGGCUGCGGCGACGACGACGACUGAGUCUUAUUGGAAUCGGGGUCUCAUACUCGCUCUGUUUCUUCAGAUUUGUUUAGGGUGAUAUGUUACGACUUUAGAAUUACAAUUUGUCAAAACAAUUAUCAGUGUGAUUGACAUAAUGUAUGAAUUAUUAUAUAAACUCUUUUUUUGUUUAGUAUUA